ACCUGUUGAUGCGAACGAUGAUUGUUGAAGCAGUUACAUGUUUCUCAGAAGCAAAAACAACAAAAAAUGGAAAUAUUGCGAGAAAACAGAUGGAAAGUAUAAUAGAACUUGGAGACGGAGAUGUGGAAAGAUGAGACGAAGAGAAAGGAAUCUGGAGAGAAGAGUUGAGGGAAACAACGCCGGAUACGAUCUGUUUGGAGACUUUGGACUGCAAAAACACUUGGAGGGAGAGAGAGAGAAAACUUACUAAAAUACAGAAUAAUGGA